AUGGAGGAGAAGUUGGGGGAACCAGAACUUGAGGAAGCUGCAGCAAUUAGAGCAGCAAUGCAAUUGGGAAAGGCAGCAGGCUGGAGAAGAAUCGAAAUACAAUCAAAUUGCAAGAAUGUGAUAGACUGCAUCCUAAUAGUCUCAUGCAACAACUACAACUGUGCUGUGAUACUGGAGGACAUACAAAAGCUGAGAGAGUUUUUUUAUCAAUGCAACUUCUCUUUUAUACAUAGGGAAGGAAAUGAAGUGUGUCAUAGGCUAGCAAAGUUUGCCUUGAAGCUAGUUAAUGAUGUAUAUUGGGAAUCAUGUUUCCCUGGUUGGAUUAAAGAUCUAGCAAGAAUAGAUUGUGAGGGCAAUUAG